AGAAAAGUAAACAGUGGAAAAGCAGGCAGGCAUAUCACAUAUGGGUCUUCAUCCAACGCAUGAAUCUACUUAUUACUGCUUCUAAUUAUAAUUAUAAUUAAUUCCCUCAAACAAAUUUCAUGAAUUAUUAUUAUUAUUACUGCCAUUGCCAAGAAGAUAAAAAGAAAAUAAACAAAAACAAAAAUACUAGAGAAAAGCUUGCUGAGAAGCAAAGAAGAAAGCUUCUUCUCCUUACCAAAUGCUCUGCUCUGCUCUCAACUUUCACCUUUCCCUCCUCGCAAUCCAUCUUUCACGUGCUUCUUGUCUGCGUUGCUGUAUACCCCACCCCACCCCACCCCACCCAUGAAUUUAUGUUAAUUGUAUUCAUUUUUGCUAGGGGUUGAGUUGAUCUACCGAUCUCUACAUUCCUUGAUCUACUCAAAUGCGGGCAGAUCCGGGUUUGGGUUUCCACUUCCUAGCUCCGGAAUUCUCUGAAUUUGAACACUUUUUGGUGGGUUGCGAUCUCCCCAGUAGUAGAGUUGAAAAGUUGAAGCCGUUUGUCUUUGCCGGCGGUAAGUCAAAGGGCACUGUUAAAUUCUGCUUCUUUGCUUGAAGCUCAAGCCUUUCUCGCGAAUUCUGCAGUUGAAAAGUUUGAAUUUUGGCUUGAGGGUAGCUAGCUAGCUUGCUUGCUUGCUUGCUUUGUGUAGUGUAUGGUUAGGUUAGGGUUCAGAGACCUUCAGGGCGUGAAGUAUUAGUUUUUUAAUCGAAUUGUGAUUGAUUUGCACUUGAGUUCCACUGUUACUGCUUCGCAUUUGGUUACUGUGAUUUGGGUUUUAUUGGUAACUAUAUUGGGCAUUCUUUGCUAUCUUUAGUUGGGAAGUCUCUUAAUGGUUAAUUGUAAAGGAAAUUUUGAGGAGCUUUGCAUUAUAUCAGAUUUAGCUGGUGAAGGAGUGGAAUAAGGGGUUAUAUGUUAGUGUUCUGGUUCUGCAUAUUCUCACUUUGAUGUGAAUGUGGAUUGGAUUGGAUUAUUAUGUUCUUUGUCAAGGAAGUUUAGCUGGAUCCCAGUUCAUGAGGCAUCUUAGAGGAAUUUUUUGAUUACCCGACUUAGAGUACUGAGAAAUGCCUCCUUCACCGGCAAUGAGACGUUCUCCUGGAAGGGAAUUCAAGACAGAAAAUCACAAGAGAGGCCGCAGUCUAGAAAGCUCGAUCGCUUUCAGGGAGAAGGAUGAUGACCUUGCUUUGUUCAAUGAGGUGCAAAGCCGAGAAAGAGAGAAUUUCUUGCUUGACACCAAGGAUGACUUUGAUGACAUAUGCUCAACUAAAUUUAGAUACUUUUCGGACUAUAAGCUUGGGAUAUCCAUUCCUGCUCGCGGAGAGAGCAGUGAGCUGCUUAAUGCCGAGGGAGACAAGAAUGAUUAUGACUGGUUAUUAACUCCACCGGAUACUCCUCUUUUUCCUUCCUUGGAUGAUGAGACACCACAAGCUAAUGUUGCACAGAGGGGAAGACCUCGAAGUCAACCCAUUUCAAUCUCCAGGUCAUCUACGAUGGAGAGGAGUUAUAGAAGUAGCAGAGGUAGUGCGAGCCCGAAUCGCCUAAGCCCUUCUCCUCGGUCUUGCAAUAAUACAAAUCAGACAAGAGGCAGGCCUUCUUCUCCUUCCCAUUCAAGUCCACCUCCAAGUUUGCGACAUGCUACUCCUACGAGGAGACCAUCUCCCUCACCCAAUAAACCCUCAACACCUCCUCCGAGGUCUUCUACCCCAACUCCUAGAAGACUGAGCACAGGUUCUAGCGCUACUUCAGCUGCCACCAGGGUGAGGGGUACAUCCCCUGUUAAGACAAAUAGAGGAAACUCUGCAUCACCUAAGAUUAGGGCAUGGCAAUCUAAUAUUCCAGGAUUUUCCUUGGAGGCACCUCCUAACCUUCGUACUUCCUUGGCAGACCGACCAACAUCAUAUGUUAGGGGGUCCUCGCCAGCUUCAAGAAAUGGAUCCAGGUCAGCCCGAAAGUCAAUGUCCCCAGCUAGAAGUGUUAGUUCAACAUAUAGUCAUGAACGGGACCGAGUUAGCUUUUAUAGCAAAGGUUCAGUUGCAUCAUCUGGUGAUGAUGACACAGAAUCUCUACAAUCAAUUCCCAUCACCAGUUCAGACCCUUCAGGUCCGAGAAGCUCUGGGACAUUCCAACACAAUAAAGCUCAGGGUUUAACCAAGAAGACAACUAGAGUAAUAUCUUCGAGUUCUGCUCCAAAGAGAUCCUUUGACUUGGCACUUCGACAAACGGAUCAGCGGAAAAGCCCGCAUAAUAUGUUCAGGCCUUUGUUAUCAAGUGUACCUAGUUCGACAUUCUAUUCAGGCAAAGCAAGUGCUGCACACCGUACCCUUGGAUCUCGACACUCUUCAGUCACAACCAGCAGUAAUGCUAGCUCUGAUCAAUGUAUGAGUAUUGCACAUGACACUGAAGAAGUUGAGCAAAAUCAGGAGGAUAUGAAUAGUGAACGUGUACAGUCAUUGUAUCAUGAUGCGGAGGAAGUGUUUACCCUAGAUAGUGUUGAUGGUAAAGUAGAUGGUUCCAUUGUAGUUGAUUCUGAAUUGGUUGUUGCUGAAGAUUUCAGACCACUGGAGAAAGAAAUGAUAGUCGCUGCAACUUCUCAAGUAUUGAGUCAUGAAACUGUUGUGGCACAAGCUGAUGCUCUCGAGCUUCUGGUAAUUUGUUCCAAAUGCUACAAGAGUUACCCUUGGAGUAAAUCAAUUGAAGAGGAUCCCAAACUCUGUCCAGACUGCAAAAGCUUGGAAGCACAACCGAGUUUGAGUUCCCCGUUAACUAAAAUGAUGGUCAGCACUGAUUCUCCCGGAGUUUCUACAGAUAUCAUAGAAUAUGGGCCAGUAGAUACUUACGAGACAUCUCAACUUUCACCCAAAUUGUCAGAAGUAACAUGCAAGGGUGAAUUGAAGGCUGGUCACCUUGAAGAGGUUUAUAGUUACUGCGAGAACCUCUGCAAUGAGAGCAGCUGGGACUUGACUUCAAAUAAGUCCAUUGAUCAGAUGCAUGUGGAAGGAGGCGAGCACUCUCUUGCCACACACCAAGUGAAUAGUCGCUCGACCAUUUGUACAUCUGAUUGUGACACUGGCUAUCAACAACCGCGGCCCCUCACCGACCACCCUAAUGCGAUUGUUGAUGUCCCAGAGGGUGCCGGUAUUUCUUUGCUGCUGAAGAGGUCCAGUAGUGGCAAAGGCCAUAUUGUUCAAAACAGGACACUCAGUGCCACUAGCAUUGCUUAUGAUGAUCUAUCCUACGUACGUGACAGUGUAAGCAGCAUGAGAAGCUCCAUUGGACAUGGCAGUGCAUCUGCCUCAUCUUCGGUUGAUUUUGGCUCAACUAGACAAAUAGAGGCUCGUAUUCAGCGGCAGUCCAGUGGGAGAAAGCCAGACGUAGAAACUUACCGGAAUGAGAUUUAUACAAAACUCCAACGCUCCACCUCAUCUUUGUCUGCUACUUCAAGUCAAGCACAGCAACCUUUGAGUCUUACAACAAGUUCUCAAGACGAGGCUGAGGUAUCUGCUUCCCAAACGGAAAAAAAUACUGAGGUUAAAAAUGUAGAUCCAGAAGAAUCAUCAUUGAACUUAUGCACUGAAGAUAAGAGUGAAAGUAUUUGUAGAAUUUCCUCGAAUCCAACAAGUCAUACAGAUGAAGCUUCAGCUGCAAACUUUGAGUGUAGUUUAUCUGAGAAUGGUGACAACAUAACAAACUCAGGUAAUUCCUCAGACAUUAAUCCUGUUUCAUCGGAUGUUAAGGAAGAUGUGCCAAAUUCUUGUGUUGUCAAUUUGCAUGUGACAGAAAUUUGCGAGCAGGAGUGUAUGGAUGCAAAAUGUGGAACAGAAAUUGAGAAAGAUAAUUUGCAAUCUGAUGGCAGUUCAAGGGACAGUGCAGAUGAAGUAAAGAAGUGUGCUUUACAUACACCAACUGACAAUGAUAUUACAGAUCCUGUUGAAGUAGAAGACUCAUCCAAUCAUGAAUAUGAGGAAUCAACUGUGGUGGUUGAGGGACAAGCUGGAGUGAAGACAAGAAGCCUGACAUUAGAAGAAGCAACAGAUACAAUACUGUUUUGCAGCUCGAUUGUCCACAAUUUGGCAUAUAAGGCUGCAGAUAUAGCCAUUGGCAAGGAAAAUUGUAUUUUGAUGGAUGCUUCCCGACCAAUGCUCACUGUUGUCGGCAAAGCUAGUCCAGAUAGAAGGGAUCUGUGGAGUAGAACCACAGCCAGGCGCAACUCUAGAUCUUCUCAAAAAGUUAAACAAAAGUUGAUGGAUUCUGAAUCAAAACCACCGCUUCCAAGCAACACAGACAGCGAUGAGAAAACCCAGAAACCAAUGGCUCGUAUUGUUGGGUCUCCUAGUAAGGGCGACACCAUGAAGCCUCCUCCGAAACUGGAAUCAAAAUGCAACUGCACAAUCAUGUGAGUCUGCCUUUCCACGUUGUUAAUCGAGCUAAUUUGCAGGAAAAUUGGUGCUGGGCAUAAUUUGAUAUGGACGCUAUUUGGAUAUUUUCCUAUUGCUUUUUUUGUUGCUUCCAAUUGAAUUUUAAAGUAACAUAAUCAUUGUAAAGUUUUUAAUUCUUGUUAGGCUGAUAAUAGCAAGGCAUUGGAGGUUCUUGAAUUGAAUGCCCCAUUGCCUAUAUUCUUGUUACAUCACUUGUAUGUGGCUUGUAGUUUUCCACUAGAGAGCAAGUGUGAAUUCUUUAAUUUUCUUGUUGCACUUUCAUGCUAUAAUGAAUUCCUUAGUAGAUUUUCUCCUCUUUUC